AUGAAUAUAAAUAUUUCGCAUCACAUCGAACCAAACUCUAGCCACCAGUCCCCCGCUGAAGAAGAAGAAGUAGUCGCUGGAGUAGGGAGCCAACCGCUGGCCGCCGCCGCACCAAAGCCACUUCUGACAGCCAAAAAAGUACAGGUGAGGGUUGUUCAUGAAACCAUGCGAUUUCCUUUGUGGUUGCAAGGUCGAACUGUCAUAACAUUUAUUGUGGUGUCUACCUUUCCACAGAAAGCAGUAGUGCAACUUGUGCCGGGAAGUGAAGUUGCUGUUGCUCCAAAAAGACGCAAGAGAGACACAGAUGCAGCUGGAGAUUCCUACUUGUUGUCUGCAAAUAAAGAAGACCAUAUUCCAAAGGCUCUACUACGUGUCCAAGAUUCAGACAGAUCAUUUUUUCGUAGAGCUGAUGUCAAAGGCCUUGAGCUGAAUGUAGUGCUCACAUCUAUUGCUUUUAUUAAUCCAGAAACUGCCAAAAAAUUUUCGUUAUGGUCUCAUCAAUUGGUUGCAAUUAUCCCUAGAUUAUCACCAACACAGAGCACAAAUCUUGAAAAUGAUGCUGUCAGAAUGAAGAGCAGCUUAACUGCCAAGGAAGCUAAUGGGGGAACUGACAAAAAGGAAUCUCAUGCAGCAACUGUUCGCCUUCUAAUUUCAGAUUCAAUAGCUCUAGGACAUGUUAUGAUAGCUCCGUCACUUCGUCUUUAUCUGAAAGCAGGCGUGCAUUCAUGGGUUUAUUUGAAGGGAAUUAAUGCCAAUUUGAAGAAGGAAAUUCCUGCAAUUUCACUUUCUCCGUGCCACUUUAAGAUUAUUGGAAAGAGUAAGGACAAGGCACUAGAGAAUGGCAUGGAAGUACUUGAUAUCCACAGGGACCGAAAGACAAAAAAUGUGCUUCCAAAAGCUGGCAUCAGCACCUAUGUGGAUGUUGUAGAUUGGUCAACCCAUGAUGAAGUUAUUAUGGCUCUCUCUUCUGAGAGUCCAUUCAAAGAGGAAGCAGAGACCACUAAUCUAUCUGACAACAGGAAGGGACUAGAAUAUCUUCUUCACUUGUGGUCUUCUGCACAACUUGAUGCUGCUGCUUCAGAUGCAGCAGAGGAUGUUAAUACAUUAGCUUUGGGGAAUGAAACUCUACUCCACUUUGAAGUGAGAGGGCACAGGUCUAGCGAUUACACAAAGGUACAGGCACCAUCUAAUGGUUUUUUAGAGAACAGAAACAAGACUAGAGAGCUUCCAGUAGAAAUCUUAUAUGUAUUGACUGUCUCAGAGGAAUUUUCACAUGGUGAAAAGUUGGAUACCUACAAGUUUGCCAUAGAUGAAAGAAACAGAAAGGGGAACACUUUAGAGGGCUUAAAAAUUCUCGCUGGAAAGAUGGAUUUGUGUGGUCCUGUAUCCCUGUAUUCUGUUAAGGAAAGAACCUCUAUAAAUGGUAUCUUGUCAGAUGUAUCUUCCUUGAGCUGGAUGGGUCCAAUUGUAUCUGAUGUUAUCAAGAGGAUGAUUGUGUUGUUGUCUUCUGCGUCUGGAAUGUGGUUCGGUGUUCACAAUCUUCCCUUACCUGGGCAUGUUCUAAUACAUGGACCUCCUGGUUCUGGAAAGACACUGUUAGCCAGAGCUGCUGCAAAGUCCCUUGAGAAACGUGAAGACCUUUUUGCACAUGUAAUAUUUGUUUCUUGUUCUGGACUUGCAUUAGAGAAGGCCUUGACUAUCCGCCAAGCACUCUCUAGCAUUAUAUCAGAAGCAUUGGAUCAUGCACCUUCUGUUGUCAUUUUUGAUGAUCUUGAUAGUAUUAUCUCAUCGUCCUCUGACUCAGAAGGAUCUCAACCCUCAGCUUCAGUUGUAGCACUUACAAAAUUUCUAACGGACAUCAUGGAUGAAUAUUGGGAAAAGAGAAGAAACUCAUGUGGAAUCGGUCCUCUUGCUUUCAUAGCUUCUGUGAAGUCUCUACAGGGCGUACCCCAGGCGUUAACCUCAUCAGGAAGGUUCGAUUUUCAUGUGCAAUUGCCCGCUCCUGCUGCCUCAGAACGUGGGGCUAUAUUAAAGCAUGAAAUUCAAAGGCGUUCAUUGCAAUGUUCUGAUGAAAUCUUGGUAGAUGUAGCUUCCAAAUGUGAAGGAUAUGAUGCAUAUGAUCUGGAAAUACUGGUUGAUAGAGCUGUUCAUGCUGCCGUUGGCCGUUAUUUACCCUUGGAAUCUGGUCUUGAGAAGCAUGUUAACCCAACUUUACUUAGGGAUGAUUUUUCUGAGGCUAUGAAUGAGUUCCUUCCUGUUGCCAUGCGGGACAUUACUAAGCCAGCUACUGAAGGUGGUCGUUCUGGGUGGGAUGAUGUUGGUGGUCUUACUGACAUUCGAAAUUCUAUUAAAGAGAUGAUUGAAUUGCCAUCAAAGUUCCCAAAUAUAUUUGCACAAGCUCCUUUAAGGUUGCGGUCAAAUAUUCUCUUAUAUGGUCCUCCUGGUUGUGGUAAGACUCACAUUGUUGGUGCUGCUGCUGCUGCAUGCUCACUACGAUUUAUAUCAGUCAAAGGGCCCGAGCUUUUGAAUAAGUAUAUUGGUGCUUCUGAGCAGGCUGUCCGUGACAUUUUCUCCAAAGCAGCUGCUGCUGCACCAUGCCUUCUCUUUUUCGACGAAUUUGAUUCCAUCGCCCCUAAGAGAGGACAUGAUAAUACUGGUGUAACAGAUCGUGUUGUUAAUCAAUUUCUGACUGAACUAGAUGGUGUUGAAGUUUUGACCGGCGUAUUUGUGUUUGCAGCAACAAGUAGACCAGAUCUACUUGACGCUGCACUGCUGAGACCUGGGAGGCUUGAUCGCCUUCUUUUCUGUGAUUUUCCAUCUUGGCGUGAGAGGGUGGAGAUUCUUACAGUUCUUUCUAGAAAGCUUCCACUUGCCAGUGAUAUUGAUUUAGAUGCCAUAGCUCAAAUGACAGAAGGAUUUAGUGGAGCUGACCUCCAAGCACUUCUCUCUGAUGCACAGCUCGCUGCUGUUCAUGAAUUUCUAGGUAGUGCAGACAGUGACGAGUCUGGAAAAAUGCCAGUCAUAACUGAUACUCUUUUAAAGUCUAUUACAUCCAAAGCAAGGCCAUCAGUUUCAGAUACUGAGAAGCAGAGACUAUAUGGCAUUUACAGCCAGUUUCUGGAUUCAAAAAGAUCUGUUGCUGCACAGUCAAGAGAUGCGAAAGGAAAGAGGGCAACUCUAGCAUAACAGGAGGCGUCAGAGCCCAUGUGGAGAACUAUUAUUUGUCUUUCUAUCUCAGUUUUGGCAGUAAUACGAUGAUCCAUCUUUACACGCGGCUUGCCCUAUCUCAAGUGGAUCCCUUGACGAUGAUGGAUAUCUUUGAUGCAUCUCCAUUUAUAUUGUAGAAAUUUAAUUGGUAAGGUUGCUGCUUGUCUUUGAAAAGGCAUGCUUACCUUAUGAACUGAAGGGGGGAGGGGGGGGGAAUGGGAUUCUGCUUUUACUCUCCCCACUCUUGGGUAUUAACAAAUUUGCACAAUUUCUAUACAUACUCUCACCUCUUCCUGCAGUAAGAUCCCGUUUUAUCCAGAAAAGCUAAUAGAUGAACAAACAUAUUGUUGAAAAACUUGAGGAACUGAAGAAGUAUUGAAUCUCAAUUCUCAUGUUGAUCUGCAAUUGCUACAUGCUAGUACAUGGAACUAGUCAACAAGAUGAGACAGAGAGAUUCCUUGGGCAUGAAGAUUGAAGAAGCUCAUCCGUAGAAGUUGUUUGCUCGGGCAUUGUUGACAGCACAUGUCAGUGAUGUCAGGAUUUCAUAGUUCACACUGUAAAUAUACUAUCAUCGAGCUUUUAAAGGGCUUUCCAAAAAGCAUAUUUGGCCAGAUGGAAUCCCUAUUGCUCUGUACCACUUGAUAUGAAGAUGUAUCUUUCUACGUUUGUUAUGUAGGGAUUGAGUUAUUUUUUAAUAAUAAAUUUAACUGUAAACAUACUCCAAGUUAAAAGUCUUUUAUUUAAUUUA